ACGACCGACUCGCUCGGAGUCGGGAGUGCUCCGAACGCGCUUCCUCGUGUCGCGUCGGCUUCCUUCACUCGAUUAACCGCGGCACAAUUGGAGAGCGGGGAAUCUGCGAAAUAGCUUGCAAACAACCUGGGAAGUUUAACUCUUCGCCAACGGGAGAUCGACAACAUGAAGAUCAAUUCGACGGAAGCGUACAAUACCUCCGCACCGGAAGCGUCCCGCCUCGACGAAGAAUCGUACGAGUUGGUGCCGCUGGUGUCCGGCGUGAUUAGCGUGAUCGCUAUUAUAGUGAUUCUGUUUUGGAUAGGUAUCCAAAUAGAUCGCUUAUACCAACAGCAGGAGCACCUCCUUCCCCGCUCGACAAGGAGGAAGCAAAGGAAAUUGAAGUGGGCAAUGUCACUACCGGGACAGGCGAGAGGAAAGAGCCGAAAGGAAGACUCGAAAGCCCUGGCCUCGGACAUGUGCCCCAAUGGUGCCAGUGAUACCGGAUUCAAAACGAUAUGCGACACGGUUUGAUGUUCGAUCAGGUCGCGACUCGUUCUUCGCGGGGACUUCACGAGAGGUUUGAGAAGUACGAGUUUCCAUCGUGACACUUGGUGCAGUAGCUGGAAAAUUAAUGAUACAUGUAGUACAUGAGACAUUAUAGCGUGGGAAAAAGUGAGAUAUUUUUUUUUUUUAGAGUGGCAUUGACUUUGCUAUCGAAUGUGACUGAUAGGAAUGAUGAUAGUCAUCCGUUAGAAUAUCGUGUGACUAAUAACAUUCCCGGGCGGCACAAAAUUCCAAAAGAUCCUAACAUCCUUUAGACGCUUAUUUUGCGCGUCUUUACGAUGUCUUUCGGACAUUUGCGCUGUGAUCUGGGAUUGCUGGUGCUCAGCAACGAUUCUUGAUGUACAUUACAAGCGUCAUGUAUGUCUUAACAAUGCAACUAGCGUCACUUGUACGAUUUCCAGCCUUGCGCCAAAAAGGGGAAAUCGUAGGAAACUAUAGGAAAUUGUAUUUACAUUGGUCUACGCUCGAUAGAGCACCGAUUAAAUGAUUCUUCUAAUAAUGUUAAGGCAUACGUGGCUCUCGUAUAAAUUUUAUAAUACGUAUGCAUAGAGGCUACUAGCGUUACGUGCGCUCGUACAGCGUGUGUCUUUCGACCGGACACUGCGAAGGAAGGAUCGGAAUGCGCUUAAAAUGCUUCUCAGUCGCAUUUUGCGCAGACACGCCUAAUAUUUCUCGAAGAUAUCGUGUGAUUGAGUGAUAUGCACUUGUAUAUAUAAAUAUUUUGUACAUAAAUAUUCUAAAUAUAUGUAUGUAAAUUGA